AAGAAAAAAAAAAAGGAAAUAAAAUAAAAAAUACCUCUUCUCUCAUAAAUAUAUAAACUCGUCUUAAAUUAACUCAUCCAUACUCAAUAAUGAAUUUGAAUGAAUUGAGCAGCAGUAACGAUAAUAAUGAUUCGACAUCUAUAUUUAAAAAUGAACUUAAUGCUAUUUAUGCUUCUACUUUUCAAUAUGUUGGCAUGGAGUUUAUUGAUGCACUUUUACGAGAAAUAACAUUUCAAACAAAGGCAAACUCUGCAAUCUUUAUACAAUUAUUAUCUCCCGAGGAAUAUAAAGAAAUAUGCAAUAUUUAUAAAAAGGAAAAUAAAAUUCACAUGUUGGCAUCAUUUUCUUCAUCAUCACCAUCAGCUCAUAGUUCCCCUGAAACUCAGCAUACUGUUUAUCAUCCUUUAACUGAUGAACGGCCUCAACUUACUGUGCUCCAAGAUAAAUUUUUAUUGAUCAGGUCUUGUUUUUCAACUCAAACAAAUAUACAAUCAAGCUUUCCAAAUACAAUUAUCCCAAUAUCUUCUUUAAAUCCUUUUUCACCUUAUAUUCAAGUGUUAUUAAAUAACAGUAAUGAAUCAAUCACACUAUUAAAUCAACACAGCGAUACCGAAAAAGAAGAAAUUGAUAAAGAAAUAUAUCCAAAUUAUGAACAAUUUAUAGGCUUAAAAUUAGUAGAUAAUUCAACGAUAAGAGGUAUACUAUGUGUUACUACCACGAACAAAGAAAACAAAAUUAUUCCAAAUUUAUUAAAAUCUGUACAAAUACGAUGUAUAAAUGAAUUAAAUCAACUAAGAAGACAAGAAAGAUUGAUAAAUGCAAGAGAUUUAGCAUUGUUAGACGCUGAAAAUAAAUUGAAGUUUUUAGCAGACAUGAGCCAUGAAAUUAGAACACCUAUGAAUGCAGUGAUUGCUUUAACAGAUUUAUUAUUACAAGAAAGAUCAAGCUUAAAUUCAGAGCAAAUUGAACACUUAGAAGUGAUUCAAACAAGUGGAAGCCAUUUAUUAACUAUUAUAAAUGACAUCUUAGAUAUAUCCAAGUUAAAUCAUGACCCUAAAUUUAAGCUUGAAAGUAGAAGAUUUAGUUUAAGAAAAUGCUUAAAAGACACGUUAAAUAUGGCAAGACAUCAAGCAUCUAUGAGUCAACAGAACAAGGUUGUCUAUGUAUUAGAAUGUCCGCCCGAUAAGGAUGAUAAUAUACCUUUACCUCAACUUAUAUCGCAGUUAGAAAAUAAAGGGGUUCUAUUAAGACCUUUAAUAAAUAAGAAGGGUAAAACAGUAUUACCGAUUAUUUGGAAAAUUGAUUCUGAUGUUCCUGAUCAUUUAUUGGGUGACACUAUGCGACUAACUCAAAUCCUGUUGAACUUAUGUUCUAAUGCAGUCAAGUUCACUAAACAAGGAGGUAUUCAUAUCCAUAUUAAACGUUCUACACCAACUCCUCUUCGUACACCUUCUAGUCAUAGUCGACAACCUGAAAAAUGCAUGACCUUUAAAGAACGUUAUGAGGCGAAAAUUGAAACAAUGUGGAAUCAAGCAAGGGAAAGAACAGGUAUAUCACCGACCUCCGCGAGUGGACUUCCGACGAAUAGCAUGAAUAUUACCACUUCUGGUUCAAAUGAUAGUACAGAUAAUGCAAAUAUUCCGGACUAUUUUAGUGAAAAAUCUAUCUUGGAAAUAUCAGUAACAGAUACUGGUAUUGGUAUUCCUGCAGACCGUUUACCAAAAUUAUUUAAAUCAUUUUCACAGAUUGAUAUUUCAACUGCCAGAAGAUAUGGUGGUACAGGGCUUGGUCUUGCUAUUUCAAGUACUUUAGUCAAUCGUAUGGGUGGAUGUCUUUGGGUUGAAUCAGAGGAAGGAGUAGGCUCUAGAUUUGCACUUACAUUACCCAUGACAGUUGCUCCUAAAGGAAGAAAUUAUAGCACAGAUAGUGCAACAACAUUAUCCGUUGGACUUGCUGGUUCACCAUCAUCACCUUGUUCUACUGUUUCUGAUAGUAGUGGUAGUGUUCAUUCUGUUUUAGGUUAUUUCCCUUUAACUGGAACCAAUCAUUCUUUUAUUAAUCAUCAACAACGUCCAAUAUUACCUAGAGCGACUACACAGCAAUCGUUCAUAGCAACAGAGAAUGCAACUCUUCAAGAUAAUGAACCGCAAAUCAUUGAAAAUAAUACAUUUUCAAGUAUAUUUAAAGAUAGCCAGGCAUCUAAUUUAUUGAAUAAUAAUAGCACUCAUCCUACUGAUGCUACAACAGAUAACAGUAAUACAGAAGCAUAUAGGUCAGAGGAUAAUAUCAAAAGACCUAUUUCAAUGAAUGUAGGCAGUAGCAAUACAACACUUGGGCCUAUUGCCGCCAGUAAUAAUAGAAAGACAUUUAAUGAUUUGUUAUUACCUGCAACUAGAAAUACAAGAGUAGGAGUUACUAAACAACAUUAUCGUAAUAAACCAUCACAAACAAAAGAAGAAAACCUUGCAAAAAUAAACCCGUUACAUAUAUUACUUGCAGAAGAUAACAUAUUAAAUCAAAAAAUUGCAGUUAGUAUUUUAAAACGUUUAGGUUAUAUUGAUGUAUCUAUUGCUAAUAACGGAAAAGAAGUUUUGACAUUAAUGAAGACAUCUGUAUUUGAUGUAAUAUUUAUGGACCUUUAUAUGCCUGAAAUGGAUGGUUUGGAAGUAACGCGAGAAAUUAUUAAAGAAAGAACAAGACAACAAAAACAACAGAUAGAAUUAGCUACUCAAAAUAAAAAUAACAGUACGACAACAACAACAACAACAACAGCAAGUAAUAAUGUUCUUUUAAAUGCAGUAGAUGUUUAUAUCAUCGCCUUAACAGCAUCAGCGUCUAGAGAGGAUCGUCAAAUAUGCAUUGAUGCUGGUAUGAAUGAUUUUAUUAGUAAGCCUUUCACAAUGACAGAAAUGAAAUCAGCCUUGAAGACAUGUGUCAAUAAGCGUAAAAAGAGAAGAAAAUUAACUCAAAAGGAACAACCGGCUAAAAUGGAAGAUAUUAUCAAUGAUGAUGAUCCUUCUUCUUCUUCUGCAAUCGUCUAUAGAUCACCCAAUAUAAAUCAAGAUGACCCUAUGCUAGACGUGCAGUCCGCAACAACACAUCUUGUCUAAUUGUAAUUGAAUACCCUAACCCUAACCCUUUCAAUUGUAUAUUUGUUGUUUUUGUUAAUAUAUACAUUAUCCAACUCCCUUUUCUUUCUUUCUCUCUGUCUCUAUCCUUUUUUUUUUUUUCUUCUUCUUCUUCUUUUAUAAAUA